AUGCUAUCUCCAGGCUCUCGAGUCACCCGGGGUCACUCAUGUGUCUUUUGCCAACAGCGAAAAGUGCGAUGCGAUGGCCACCGACCCUGCUCAACAUGUCUACGGAAUGGACAGGAGUGCGUCCGACGCACUGGAUCCAAAUCACAGGGGCGGAAGAACCGAGAGUUCGGAGUCUCUAGAGUCAUAGAUCCUCUGGCACGGCGACUGGAGCUCUGUGAACGAGCAGUACAGGCUCACGGAAUCUCCCUCGGUGGCCGAGCUUGGCCUGCUCCAGAAGGCCAUGUAGUGAAAGAAACAGCACAAUCUCGCUAUGUGGAAAACCCUCUCUGGCAAGGCCUGACCAAUGAACUUGAUAGCUGCAGCAGCGUAGCGGAUGAAAGCGAAAAUGAAUCUGUGCAACACGCCGACGGGGGGUCUCUCUUACUACGACCUUCCUGUCCAAAGGGCGUACGCUCGCUUCAUCCCGAAACGCCACAAGUGUUUCAACUAUGGCAAAUAUUCUUGAACAAUGUGAAUCCCAUCGUGAAGCUCCUCCACGCCCCAUCUACCCAACAACUGAUCCUCGAAGCUGCAUCUGACUUGAACCAUGUCUCUCGACCCAUGGAAGCGUUGCUAUUUAGUAUGCACCUAUGUGCGGUGGCUUCAAUGAAUGACGAGUCAAGCCGUCGAAUUCUAGGGGCAUCGCGCGCCGAUUUAAUGGCAAGAUUCUCGCGUGCCGCUGAGCAGGCAUUAAUAAAUGCCAAUUUUCUGCGAUCAACUAAUAUUCUGAUACUACAAGCAUUAACUCUCUACCUGCUAGCGACACGACAGCGAUAUGAGGUGCAGACAAGGUGGCUUCUGACCGGGACUGCAAGUCGGAUAGCUCGAGUGAUGGGCCUUCACCGUGAACGCAGCCUCGCAUUACUACCGGUCUUUGAGCGCGAAAUGCGCCGCCGACUAUGGUGGCAGAUUCUGCUCAUGGACAGUCGGGCCGCACAGCUCUGCGGCGUUGCCGUGGACGCCUACUCGUAUCAUUUUUGGGACACCGAGCGCCCAUGCAAUGUGAGCGACAGCGACCUGUCACCUUCCAUGCAGGAGCUUCCCCGUGACCGUCCCGGAACUACGGAGAUGUUGUUUUGCGAGAUUCGAUUCGAGAUCGGCGACUGUAUGCGUAAACUGACCGCCAUGGAGCACCAGUCCGUGGCUAGUACCAUGGCACAGAGAUUGAUUGCCGAAGAGCUCGCGAUCGAUACCCUUGAGAGCCGACUUGAGGACUCUUACUUGAAGGAUUGCGACCCGUCUAUCCCAUUCCACCAGUUAGCUUUGUAUCUUGCCCGAUCAUCAGUGUGUCAGAUGCGCCUGGCAACCCGACAUCCUCGCCGAUGUACCGACCUCUCACCGGACGACAGGGACCGGUUAUUUUCUCUCGGCCUUCAGGUACUCACAUACGACAACCUAACCUAUGCGAGCCGCGAUCUUGAGCCGUAUCUCUGGCAUGUCGGAAUGAGCUUCCCAUUCGAAGCAUUCAUCCUCGUAGUGACGGAACUGUCAACCCGACGUGAAGGAGAGCGAGUAGAUCAGGCAUGGGCGAAAGUUGAUCAGGCGUACCACGAUCACGCCGACCUGAUCACGGCCUCAAAGACAAACACACUCUUCUUUGCGCUGGGUACACUUACGCUGCGGGCAUGGGAUAUGCGAAUGGCGUGGGCGAGACGAGGCCCGAUUCUUUCUCAGCCCGUCGAGCCUCAAGCUGUCGUGCGGCUCCGUGCCAUCCGGGGAGACUCUCGGGCCCCGUCGCCGACGCCAGCGCCGUCAGGGGGUCCGCUUAUGCUUCUCCCGGGACCGGGGAGCUGGAAUCCCGGGGAGUCAGAUGGCGCUCUGCCGUUUUUGGAAAACUUGGAGCCGUCGGCUCUGGAUCUGUCGCAGAUUGAUUGGGAGUGCUGGCAGAAUCUGAUACACGAGCACGUGGACUUUUUCUGA